UCGGUUCUAUUUUCUCAUCGAAAAGGACUAAAAAGUCGAGGGACUCGAAAUAAAACGAGAUGAUUAACAUAGUGCACCCUCAAGUUAGUGAAAAACCUCCGAUAAAUAAAUUAAAAGCUAGCUCUAGGGGUGGACAGAGAGAGGGGUCAAGGGGUUCCAGGAAUUCCAGGGGAAGAUUCAGUGAGAAUGAAGGGAAGCAGUGUCUGGAUUGCUCUCAGGAUUUAUCCAAGUCUCAGAUCGAUGAUGGGGUGAUGAUGACAGGGAGUGAUUGCACUCCUGAUUGCAAUCAAAAUGUUAUCGAGACGGAUUCCUGCUCCUUUCAGCAACUCUGCAGCAUGAUUGACGACCUGGAGAAGAAUCUCGAACCCAAGCACGAGAUCUUGCCUGUUAACACUUCAUUUAUUCCUGUAGAAAAAGGGUUGAUCUCUGCACGCGUUAAUUUAGCAGAUCAGAUUCUACCAGAAAAAGACGAGUCUCGUGAUGUCAGAGCAGCUCGUUCUACUUACGAUGACAUCCUGACGUUUCUGGGAGCUCUCGAACACGACAGCACUUCCGGGGAUUCGAGAGACGAGAGGAUCCCAGAUUUUUUCAAUGAAAGCGAAUUAAUCGUCGAGGACACGAUCCUGAGGAACAGGGACGAGAGGAGAGUUCCUCCUGAGGUGAUUCGAGAGGAAUUGGCGACGACUUUGUUAAAACUGGAGGAUCGAGAGGAGACGAUAAAAGUUUUAAAAGAUGAGUUGAAGAACGAGAGGAGGAGAGCCUGUGAGAGGCUGGAGGAGGGAAAAAAGGCUCAUGCAGAGGGAAUUCAGGGGCAGAAGGUGAAGUACCAGGGAGUGAUCAAGCGACACCAGAGGUUCAUCGAGCAGUUGAUCAAGGAGAAGAGGGAAUUGACUGAGAAGUGCAACGUUUUGGCGCAAAAAAUCAAGGAGAUGGAGGCGAAAUUCCAGAAGGACUUCAAGGUCGCCAUGGAGAGGCAGAAUUUAGAAAUUCAGAGGGCACGAGAGAUAUGUCAGGCCUCAGAGAAAAUCCGGAGGGAGCGGUGGCUGGAAGCGAAGACAUCUAAAAUUAAAGAGAUGACAGUCAAGGGCCUGGAACCAGAGCUGCGUUCAAUGGUGGAUCAGCACCAGCAGGAGAUUCAGGAGCUCAGGAGUGCUCACAUGAAGGAGCUCCAGGACGUCGAGCUGAGGACAAUUCGCAGAUCCAAUCAGCAGCUGGAGCAAUUGCGAUUGGAGUUGACAGAGAGUCACGACAAACUCGCAGCAAACGAACGAGAGGCCCUGAGGGUCAGGUUUCAGGAGAAAUUCGACGAGCAGGAGACUCUCAUGCAGGCACAGCAGAGGAAGUACUUUGAAGACCUCCAGAGUGAGAAGAAGGCGUUUUCUGAGGAGCUGGUGAGGAGGGGAAGAGAGCAGGAUGCUGUGAUCCAGCGAAUCUCUGAGGAAUUUCAGGAAAAAAUGGCGAAAUUGGUGAAGCAGAAUGAGAUAGAGAAUCAAAAGUUUAAGGAAACACUCAGUGCUGAGAGGGACUCGUCAAUCGAGAAUUUCAAGAAACAGCAGAUCAUGAAAUCCGAAAUGUCAGAAGCUAGAAUUCGUGAUGAGUGCGAUCGUGAGAGGGACAGACAGAUCGAACUCGUCAUCGAGAGACUAGAGAAAGAGACGAGAGACAUGAAGACAAGCAUGCAGAAGUGUGCGGAUAAUAAAUUGAGAUGCCUGAGAGAAAAAUACGAGGCUGAUCUCCAGAUGAGUCAAGACAACGAGAGACUGACAAGGGAAAAAUUGACGAAAGCCGAGAAGAAGCUGGAGAAUCUCCAGAUUGAUUUCGAGAAGAUGGAGAACAGACUGGGAAAAUGCCUCGCUGACCUGAAGGAAUCCGAACGUGUGGUAGAGAAACUGACGAGAGAGAAAGAUCACGCGAAGAAUUUAGCUAGACAGGAGAUUGAACACGAGAAGAGAGAGCUGGAGGACAGGAUCGCAUCGUUGUACAAUGAAAUUGCUGAGAUCAACAAUAAUAAAGAGUGCCACAUGGCUCAGGUGUACAGCAGGAUCAAACUCAUCGUCACCCAGAAAGACCUGAUGAUAAAUAAAAUAACGAAACAGGCUGACGAGUCAAAAAACAGGUGCGAUCACUUGGAAAAAUUGCUGGACCAACAGAGAAAGGAGUACAUUCUUAAAUCACUCUAGACUUCAAUAAUUCGUACGCGUUCA